AUGUCCCUGCCACUUGCGCCUUCCUUCAAACACAGCCCACUAGCAGAACAAGCAGUAGGUUUCUCCACGCUGCUGUGUUAUCGAGUUCAUUUCGUCAUCCACAUGCCCUGCUCUCAACUCGCUUCCUUCCCCGAAAGUCUUCAGAAGUCUACUGAAACCAACCUCUGCUGCUCAGCUUGGAGUACGAGAAGAACAAACGAAGACACCUGCAUCUUCUCGCUCAGAUCUCUUACAGUCUCUGCCACUUACUUGAACAUCACCAUUCCAAGCAACAUCAAACACCCACUCAAGCUCCAUACCCAGCCUCGUACUUCGGAGUCACUUCUUGACAACCUCUGCCUCGAAAACAAUCUGACUUCCCAGAACAAGACCCAAACCGGCACGAUGCCGUCAUUCUCACCACACGAGGGCAAUCGUGAGCGCCAUGAGUUGUCUCCUGACUUUGACGAUGAAGACAUGGCACUUCAGGACGGCGAAGAGAAUCGCGGUCGACGGAAUGCGAACGAUGGCAACGAGGACACAGACAGCACCAUUCUGGGUUCAGAAGAUGAUGACGAAGAUGUUGACCCUGCUAUUUUGGACGACUUAGAAGACGGCGAGUCCGAGCCAAGCCAAGACCCGCACGACGACGACGACCUCGAUGAUCCUGAAUGGGACACACAGGAGAACGACAUCAUCGCGUUGGCGGAUGAUUUGCAGGUAUUUGAUCAAGACCUCGUGCAGCGCACGACACAGAUCAAGAAUGCCUGCCCCGCGGGUCAACGUCUCCAUGAGGACCUUGAGACAAGGCAUGAAGAACUUGUGACUCGCUUCGUGAGCAUUGUCAGACGUUGUAAGGACCUCAGAGCAGAAACAGCAGAAGUCCACAAGAAGAACAAGUUGCUGGAGAAGGAGAACAAAGAGCUGCGGGACAAGCUGAAUCGGCGCAAAGAGCCUGAAGUACGAUGGGAAGUCGGGCUCCGGAACCUCCUUUCCAUAUCCGUCGCCGACGUCAAGGCCAGGACAAAGCAUUACAGACGCGUGUAUCGGCGGUUCUGUCGACAGGAGAACCUCAGCCAGAACCCCCGUCUCACGCAUCCAGAUCUCCGGCUUGACAUUAUACGUCUGAAGAGCUCAGAGCUGAGAAGAGCAUAUGAGACAGCUCUAGAGGGCGCCAAGCUCUCAGGAUCCGAGUUUCAAGAGCAAACGAUGAGUGAUCCUACAGUCGAUCGCCGUGUCUGGGCGCUAGCACACCCACUGCGUUUCACUGACCUUGCUCGGCCAGCGAAGCAUCUCGAAGGUCCCAGGAAGGAGUGCUUCUCCUUCAGCGACCUGCCAGAAUCGGUGCAGAUGAGAAUCUUCCACUUCCUGUUCGUCAAGAAUCGCCUCGUCCACUGCCUCUCGCGGCUCGAUCACGGCUAUGCGCCGCCAAACUUCCCAGCAGAAAAUCGCGAGAGGCGCAGCGAGCUCCCACGUCGCUUCUACUGGGGUUACAAGAACUGCAGCGUGAGCACCGCGCACAAGCCUUGCAACGUGCUGAAAUACCUCCUCGUCUGCAAGCGCUGGUGCUACCUCGGCGUCCACGCCUUCUACGGGUGCAACACAUUUGCCUUCUCAUCACUUGGCGAGCUGGGCAAGUUCUUCAACGGCAUCGGCCCCGCCAGAGUUGCACGGAUUCGCCACAUCGAGCUGUUCUGGCAUGGUUCUCUCAUGGCUGCCAAGGAGCAUAUUAUCACGUAUGAUCCAGACGACCCAAAGGUCACUGUCGGCAAGCCCAAGAUCUGGAAGACCAACCAGCGCACGCUACCACUGAAGAUGCUGCUCAUCGCAUACAGCCUCUGCACCUUUGCCAUCCACAUCGCCGAGGGCGACAACAGACGCAUGCGACGCCGCUACGAGAUGAAGUACGAGGCUGACUACCACGAGGAGUACCACGAGGAGGACAUCAUGCAGCAGGACGUCUUCGGGGCCAUGUGCCAUCGCACGGAGGCGCACGCCAACCACCGCCGCUUCCGCAGCCUGCGCACUUGCCACGGCAUCGACUACAUCUACCAGCUCCGUGGAAUGGACUGGAUCCGGUUCUACGAGGUCAACGGCGCAAGCCCUCGUCAGCCUGUCCGCGACCACACUUUCGUGGACGACGUCAAUUCCGUCGUGAAGCUCCCCAAAACGGAGAGCAAGGCCGACCAGAAAGCAGCGCGAGGUAUUCCCAUCCGUCCAAGAGCUCCCAUUAGAUCAGUUGAGACACCAGCAGAGCCUGUUGCUCCUGAGCAGGGUGGUCACGAUGACGAUGAAGAUGAAGAUGGAGACGUCACAAUCCUAGAUGCACCCAGCGCUUCCGUCAUGAGCAACCCGGUAUCGCGCCCAUUGUCCCAGAGACCUAGUGGAAGCAUCGCAUCUGCCAGUACACCAGCCGCUGCUGUGACGGCGAAGUCGGUCCGGCCAGCCUCUGUCCGCGCCCCUUCGAUCAGACAGGCCACGCAACGCCCGAACUGCACACCCGGAACCAUGCGACCUGCCGCAACAUUUGCCUUUGCAGGGCAGAUCAUUGACGACGAUGACGACGACGAUGACGACGACGAAGAGGACGACGACUCGACCGAUCCAACGCCUGACGGCAGUGAUGCUAGCGUCGGCCACGACGACGACAUGUCUAGUAUAGGCGGGCAGACUCGGACAGGAGACGUGCCGCAGCAGGAAGCCACGAGCCCUCCGGGCGAUCUGCCGGCACCGAUUGUUCGUGAAUUACCUGUCAGCGUGUCCGCUCGCACGGAGAUCGACCUGACCGCUGAUGACGAGGACAUCAAGGACGAUGCUGACGAUAGAGUCUCGAACCGAUCUCAAUAUCAACGUUCCAGUCUCCCGGCACCGCCUUCGUCUGUCGAGGAAGUGUACUCCAAGCCCGGUAGUGAUGCUCGGGAUUCACUCAGCACGAACAUGGGAAUCCACGACCAGCGCUGGAUCAGAUGUUCAGAGGUUGAGAGCACCGCUAUGGCAUGA